AUGGAUUUAGAAUUAAGGUGCAAUUUCGUACAAUGUCGUAAAGUUCUAAAUACCGAAGUUGAUUGCGCGAACAGCGCAUUUUCUUCGGCUUUGGUAUGUCCGGCAUGUGAAACAAGCCUAACGGAAAAUGACGAUAUUGUGUUCACUGAUUUGAAUCCAAGUGAAGAUUAUAAAUCUUCUGUUCUUUCAGGUCUUCGGCCGGAUCUUAUCAUAGAAAUUUGCUCACGAGCUUUAUCAUUUUGGACAUAUCAAACGACACAGGAGGCUUGUUUUCAAGAAAUGUUGUACAAGAAUUUGGAAGAAAAGUACUCUCAAUUAGAAAAGCAAGUCCAAGGAGUUUUGAGAGAUGCUCAAUCUGAAAUUACAUCUUUAAAAGUCAAACUUCAGGCAUUACAGAAAGAAAAGGAACAAGAAAAACGAAAAGCACAUGAAUUAGCUGAACAAUUACAAGAAAAACACAGACAAUUUUCGAAAUUGCAGGGAAUGUACGAUAAAUUAAGACGUAGAACAUUGGUUCCGACGAUGCAACAACCAGUCCAAAACCGUACUGGGAAUUCAUUUACAAACGCUGGAGCUAACAAUCCGGUUAGUGGUUCAAGACAAGGUGGAGUUCCUAAUCAACCUGGGUUAUAUGGUGAAAAUGGUAUAUUUAAUAAUCGUACAUGGAACAUUGAAGAAAAUCGUUAUCGUGAUCCAUACGUGCUUCGACAAGAUUAUCCAGUUGGGUCAAUGACAGGUGCAGGAAGAAAGAUGGACGGGAAUGAAAAUUAUGUUUUCCAACAACAGAAAGGAUCAAGAAGAAUUCAUUUUAAUACGGCAUCUAAUCCUAGCAACAGAUUACCUCAAAGAUAA